UUUAACUCCUCCCAAACACACUGGGAAGUAGGUGUCAUUAUUUGGAUUUUAAGAAUGAAGAGAUUGAGGCUUGGAGAGGUUUAUUUAUUUGUCUGUGGUUAGGCUGCUGGUAACUGAUGGUGGAAAGGGUCAGUGUUGGGUCUGACUCCAAAUUCCCUUUUCUUUUCACAGCCAAGUUUGCUGUGCUCUGUUCUAGGUGCUGGGGACUAUUAUAGUGAUGAAGGAGACAGGCAGAGUCCCUGGCCUCAUGUUGCUUGCAGUCUACGCAUCAAGACAAACAACAAAGUAAACAAAGACCAACUUUCAGAGAGUGAGAAGUGCUGCUCAGGAGAAUACACAGCAUUAGGAGACAGCGAGCCAGAGUUAUGUGUUGUGUUUUGACAUCCCGGUCCGUAAGAUUGUGCGAUAAUGAGAUGAGCUGACCCGAGGAAACCAAACAGCUCUGGAUUGCAAUGCCUGAGAAAUUGAAGAGAAUCCUGAUGACCAGUGUAUUGGGAGAGGCCUGAAGGAAGAUAGACCAACGGCUGCACUCUCAGAGCUUCUUGGGUGACCUCUGGCUCCCAGGUGAUCUGCCGCAGGACCUCUGGUAGGAACAUUGAGACUCAGAAACAGAACUGAAGACAGAAUCCAGUCACCUGAUUCGCAGUCUAGUGCCCUUUUCAUUGUUCUGUUGUGUGCUCAUUGGAGGGAAGAUAUUUUUCCUCGAUUGACCUUGCACUGCAGUUGGCUGAACCUUGUGUCUACUGACCAUUCUAAGAGCUAGCUAUCUGAGGUUCCAACCAUGUCUCACCCAUCUUGGCUGCCACCGAAAAGCACUGGUGAGCCCUUUGGCCAUGUGCCUGCACGGAUGGAGACCACCCAUUCCUUUGGGACCCCCAGCAUUUCAGUGUCCACACAACAGCCGCCCAAGAAGUUUGCACCAGUGGUUGCUCCAAAGCCCAAGUACAACCCCUACAAGCAAUCUGGAGGUGAAGGUGAUUUUCUCCCACCCCCACCUCCACCUCUAGAAGAUCCCGGUGUUCUUCCAUCUGGCUCUGGAAACUUCCCUCCUCCACCACCCCUCGAUGAAGGUGCUUUCAGGGCACAGGGAAAUCCUGGAGGCAAGACACUUGAGGAGAGACGCUCCAGCCUGGAUGCUGAGAUAGACUCGUUGACGAGCAUCCUGGCUGAUCUUGAGUGCAGCUCCCCCUACAAGCCUCGGCCCCCACAGGGCUCUACUAGUUCAACAGCCUCUCCUCCAGUCUCCACCCCUGUCACGGGACACAAGAGAAUGGUCAUACCAAACCAACCUCCUCUAACAGCAACCAAAAAGUCUACAUUGAAACCACAGCCUGCACCCCAGGCUGGGCCCAUCCCCGUGGCUCCAAUUGGAACCCUAAAACCCCAGCCUCAGCCAGUCCCAGCCUCCUACACUACGGCAUCCACCCCUUCAAGGCCUACCUUCAAUGUGCAAGUGAAGUCUGCCCAGCCCAGUUCUCAUUACAUGGCUGCCCCUUCACCAGGACAAUUUUAUGGUCCAGGGCCAGGGCCCCAGGGCUAUAACACUCAACAAGUUCCUAUCUCUGGGCAGGGCCCACCUCCUUCAACCCGGGGAGGCAUGGAUUAUACAUAUAUUCCACCACCAGGACUUCAGCCUGAGCCUGGGUAUGGGUAUGCCCCUAACCAAGGGCGCUAUUAUGAAGCCUAUUCCCCAGCAGGGCCUGGCUAUGGGGGCAAAAAUGACUCUGAUCCUGCCUAUGGUCAACAAGGUCACCCAAAUACCUGGAAGCGGGAACAAGGCUACACUCCUUCUGGAACAGGGAACCAGAACCCUGCUGGGAUGUAUCCAGUUGCUGGUCCUAAGAAGACCUAUAUUACAGAUCCUGUUUCAGCCCCCUCUGCACCACCACUGCAAGCAAAGGGUGGACAAACAGGAUCACUGGGGCCUCCGGCUGCUCCCUCCUCAUUCCGCCCUGAGGAUGAGCUCGAGCACCUGACCAAGAAGAUGCUGUACGACAUGGAAAAUCCACCUUCUGAUGAAUACUUCGGCCGCUGUGCUCGCUGUGGGGAAAACGUAGUUGGGGAAGGUACAGGAUGCACCGCCAUGGAUCAGGUCUUCCACGUGGAUUGUUUUACCUGCAUCAUCUGCAGCAACAAGCUCCGAGGGCAGCCCUUCUAUGCAGUGGAGAAGAAAGCCUACUGCGAACCCUGCUACAUUAAUACCCUGGAGCAGUGCAGCGUAUGCUCCAAGCCUAUCAUGGAGCGGAUUCUCCGAGCCACUGGGAAGGCCUAUCAUCCUCACUGCUUUACUUGCGUCAUGUGCCACCGCAGCCUGGAUGGGAUCCCGUUCACUGUGGAUGCUGGCGGCCUCAUCCACUGCAUUGAAGACUUCCACAAGAAAUUUGCCCCCCGAUGUUCUGUGUGCAAGGAGCCUAUCAUGCCAGCCCCAGGCCAGGAGGAGACUGUCCGGAUUGUGGCUCUGGAUCGUGAUUUCCAUGUUCACUGCUACCGGUGUGAGGAUUGUGGUGGUCUCCUGUCUGAAGGAGAUAACCAAGGCUGCUACCCUUUGGAUGGGCAUAUCCUCUGCAAGGCCUGCAACUCCGCCCGCAUCAGGGUGCUGACCGCCAAGGCCAGCACCGACCUUUAAAUUCACUCACCUGUGUAGCUGGUUAACUGGUGGCGCGGCGAAGAAUGAAACACAAGAAAAAGAUAAGAAAAGAAAUAGGAAAAUAGAGGAAAGGCUGCCAAGCUACGGGAUGGGCUCUCUUCUUCAUGUACUAUUAACCUUUCUUUAGAAGCACAUAGAUUAUGAGAUUUUUUUUUUCAAGUUCUUACCAAAUACACAUUUCACAUUUAAUCAUGUAGGACCUUGAUGGGCCUUUGUUCCCAAGGAAUUCCACAUUUUUGCACGGAUUAUGCUCCAUCCCAUUCACUUCUGCAUUCCUGUAACUUUUAAUCCCUAUGUUUGUCUCACUUUUCAUCUGGUUCAAUGGCUUUUUUUAGCGUGGUAUUUGCUGUCACACAGUUUUUCCUGGGUGAGUAUGCCAACUCACAGGUGCUUUUAGGCAUGAAGGCUCCAUCCUAUCACUUCCAUGUUGCCUGUGAUCAUAAAGAAUAGCCAUUCUUUUUCUGUGUAUUGAAAAGUAUAUCUUUCUGUUGUUUUAAAUUAGAAUGUCCCUUGGGAAAAAAAUGCACAAUUUAUAUGUUAGGCUAUAAAGAAUUUAAGCUGUAAAUUACAAGGUUAAAACAAGCCCAAAUUUAAUUUGCAACCAUCCAAAUUCAAAAAUCCAUAGUGACCAGUGGUCGGGGCUCAUGUGAAAACACAUAUUGGUGAGAGAUCCAAAGUUCAAUCUUUUUCUAAAGACAUUGUAGGUGAGACAUGCUGGAAAAAGCAUUUUGGGGCUAUGUUUGAAAAGCCCAUUAUUAUCCCACAAAAUUGUCUUAAGAUUUUCCUUUUCCGUACUACCUGGACAUAAUAGUGCAGACAAACUUGAUUUUCUCUAAAAUAUAACAUUUCCAAUACUGUCCCGCUUUUCAUCUCAGAAGUGUUGCCGUGUUUUUUCUAAUAUCCAAACACAACUACCAAAAUUGACUUUUCUCUAGAGGAAAGACCUAUAAAAGAACAGUUCAAAUUCCUUUUUUUUCCUUAGGCCCAGGUCCUUUUGCCUGACAAUCACAAAUCAGAGCACGCAAAAUAAAAUUGUGUAGUUUUGUUUAGUUUACUUUAAAAAGACAGGAAAACUUGAAAAGAUUGUAAAACCACAGCUUCAUUAUUCUCAUAAUCCUUCUGCAAUUCAAAUUACAUAUUGCAGGAGACAUUUUCAUAUCAUCGAUGUGACAUUUACACCACACUUUCAAAGACAAUCACUGAAAAAACUUGCCUUUCUGAGCUAAAAAUAUGCAGAGUUUCUGCCUGGAAUCUUUACUCAAACUCUUAUUGGGCAGUGAAACACUUGCUUUCCAGCUGCAGAACCAUCCUCCAUUAGGCUCAAAUGUGUUUCUUUUAAGGGGAGACACUGAUCUUAGUAGCGGCAGGUUGCCGUUUUGUAAAUUAAUUAUAUUGGAUUGAGAUUUCUUAAACCUUUCUUCAAGUCUUCCACAAAUAUAUACCUUUUUAAAUUAUGAAGUAUUUUAAAUAUACACAAAAGUAUAAAUAAUAAUAUAAUGAAUGCCUGUAUACGUAACACCCAGUUUAAGAAAUCAAAUAUAGCAAAUAUAGCUACAUUCCCCUCUAUACCUUUCCCUGAGCCACAAAUACCUUUUGUAUGAUGAUAAACUGAUCAAGUCGGUUUUCUAGUCUGACUUUUUUUUUUCUAAUUUUUAAUUUUAACACUCAGAACAGAAAUGAAAAAUUACUAGUGGAUGUUUUGAAUUGCAACCCCUGCCUCAGGAAUUCCAAUUCAACUGGUUUUACUUUAGUAGGAAUAAUCAUAAAAGUGGUUCAAUUUUUUUUUAAUAAGAAAUUCUUAAGCCUGUGUUCACUAUAGAUCAUCUAAGUUAAUUUGUGGCUCAGUUGCUUUGGCCACCUAAGAGUUUUGUUUUAGAACCACCAAAGUUACAGGUUUUCAAAGUGUCCUUUGACGGCUGUCCUUCCCUAACCUUGCUGCUCUCGUCCUUGAUCUGAUAUUUCUCACAAUGUGAAAUACAAUGGAAUUCACUUUGGGCAGCAUGUGAAUUUUAGGAUACAAUAGCAACUGUACUGCUGAAUUUCUGUCUUCCAAAUUAAAGGCCAAACCAUGCUGAUGACCUCAAUGCGCACUGACUAUUAAACAAUUGGGGUGAUAAUAUAAUCUGCUUGAAUUGCUUCAGGAACUUGUUUUCUAUGAAAUAGCGGGGAGAAAUUGUCUUUAGGCCAAAAGCCCAAUUUAUUGAGAGAUGGAUUUUCUCUCUUGAAGUGCAGUCAUAUUAUUAUAAAUUUUCCCAAAAGAGGAAGCAUUUAUGAAAUAUUUAUACUAUAAAAAUGCAAUAACAUUCUAUUUGUUUGUUACAUUUACACUCUUAUGUAACUGAAUGUUUACAUGCAAAAAAAAAAAGAGUUAUAAGAAAAUGCUGUCACUGUGGCAUCACCAGAAUACUGCUUGCUUACAAUCUUUAGAGUGCAUUUUUAUCACAUAACCUCAGAGUAUCUCUACCAAAGAUUUUUAAAGUAAAUCUCUUUUUAAUAUAGACUUAUUAUACUUUUAUAAUAAUGAAUGUGCACACAUACAUAUGUAGAAAUAUUUAGAUUUAGAUUUUUUUCUUUCACAUGGUAUAAUAAGGAAAGGAUCCUACAAUAUUUUAUUCCAGGAUUUCUUAAAUAUAUGAUUUAUAUUGCUUUCUUUUCUUUUCUAUUAAUCAUUUGGUUUAAACAACGCCAAAUCACUCUUUACUGUUUUAGUUACAUGAAAUUUUGCCUAUAACAGAGAUAUAUAGAUCAUAUUACCUUAAUGAUUGUAAUUCUAUUGUCUUUUGAUAAGUUGUCUUGAUUGUUAUCAUUUAAACUCAUAAAUAAUAGAAAUAAUCAUAGAGUGUAAGAGAAAGUUUGUAAAAAUAUACUGUUUUAAAAAAAUUGUCAAGAACACAUAUAUUUGGUAAUUCUGUGUAACAUGAGAGACAUGGAAAAGGGAAAAAAAACCCACUAUGUCAUGGGCUUUGCAGACCAUUUCAAAAUCAGAUUUCUUUAUUACCUGGAUCCCCAGCUCAUGCACGCUAAGUGUGGAGUCUCAUCUGUAAAAAAAAAUCGCCUUUAAAACUCAAAAAUAAGUCAUGUGUCCCAGCAUAAGGCAUUAAGGCUUUGAGAUGCUGGACAUCUCUGCAGCUCAAAGAUGUGGCUUCUUUUUCCUGUCGUUAACAAAUUGUUCCUGUAGGAGCAACUUCUCUGAUCGAAAUGACUUCAUUGAGUAUAUGCUGGUUAAUGCAGUAGAGUUAACAACACUAUCAUUGUUUUCUCACUACAAAAGAUUCUGCAAAGAUGUUUAUGAUGAUGUUUAAAGUCUAUAAAACUCUAACUACAUUUAAACAAGUAUCUUAUAUUUGGGUCCAGAGGAAAAAAGAGAACACUUUUAUCAUGGGGCUGUAGUAGAGGGUUUAUGGAAUAAAGACAGGACUCUGAAGACACAACUUCCAACAGUUUUCCUAGUUAGUAAAAAUCCUAUUAAUGUGAACCAGCCGGGAAUAACAGUGUUAUUUCUAUUUGAUAUGGUUUGGUCUUCUCUUGUCAAAUCUGUGUCGGCUGCCCUCUGAUCCCUCCAUUAUCAAGUUUUGAAAGGUGUUGGGGAAAUUAUGGCAGCUGCUAGGGAGAUCAGGGAAACACUGAUGUAACCUCACAGCCUCUCACCAUUCCUCUUGGCUUGGAAAGGCUGUUUUUUCCAUAUACAUUUCUAGAAAUAUUGCUAUUCUACCUUAGUAUUUCACAUUUGUAGUUUAAACAAGCGAUUGUCCAUCUGUUGCCUAGAGCUACAGUACAUGUGUGUUAUGAAUGAAAUAUGACAGCAUGUUCCAUACCCUGCUUUAGCCAUCUGUAGGAACCCAGUAGGCUGAAAAAGAUAUACCUCUGCAAAAUGUGUCUCAAGUCCGUUUCCUGAGAUAGCUCUUUUGGUGCACUUUCAUAGGAAACAGUCAGAGAGCAGUAUAUUUGUGCCUUAUCUUGAAAGCAUCUUUACACUACUAUGAAUACUUCCCUGAAGAGUCUAGAACAUAAAUAUCAAUCCCCAGAUCUCAAAGAUGUACUCAUCAUCAAAAAGUCAAACAAAAUCCAGAGAAGUCUGAACUCUUCAUCUUAAUGCAUUCUAAUAGGAUUUCUUUUCUCCUGGUCUCUUGGAAGUACCUUAUUAAUUCUUAAAUUAGGAAAACAUUCUUAUGCCACAAGAUGACGUAUUGAAUGUUGGUGGUGGUUACGUUUGGUCUUACGCUGGUUUUAGUCAGAUAAUGAAGACAGAGACUUCCACCUGAGCCUCUAACACACAUCCAGCACAUCCACCUCUUUUAAUUGCCAUCGUUUUUUGGUUUGUCUUUUUUUUAAUCUAAUAGUGGACAGAAUAAGUUGAGAAUCCUGGUUCUGAGUCUUUAUUAUGGUGCAGCCAUGAACAUUUCAGGUUGAGUUAUUUCCUUGACAGAUAACUUUUCUCAUGAGGCUGUUGUUUGGUUAGCAUGUUAUUCAAACCUUUGAAAAAUGAUCUGAUUAAAGCUGCGUGACUAGGUGAGAAUUCUUUCUCUUUCUUUCCCUCCUUUUCUCCCUCCUUCCUUUCUUACCCUCUUUCCUCCCUCCCUUUGUUCCUUCUUUCCAUCCUACCUAGUAGUGCGAUCCUGCUUGUACUUUUCAUAAAUAAAUUAAAUCAAUGCAUUAUGAUCCUUAUGGAACUAUGAUCAUAUAACAGAAGAAGGCUACUGCAAAAUACAUGCAGCAUCCAUAAAUCCUUCCUUUAAAAGGGCAUAUUUUCCAGAUUGUGUUUAUUCAUAAAGUGAGAUGAGAUAAUAGGGUUUUUCAGUUUCAUUUUAAUGAGUUUUCAUCAGGGACUCAGAUUAUAGAGUUCUUGGCAAAUUCAUUUAUGACUGUCCUACUUUUCCCCACUAUAUGCAAAGUGAUCUUUCUAAGACUAGGUUAAGAUUCUUUUUUUAAAUCCAAAGCAUUUUGACCAACAAAACAAUCAUAUAUUUAAGUGGUGGCAUUUUAUUUUAUUCCAGUGAAACUUGGUAAUUUUCCUUAUGGCAAAGAAAAACUAUUAUCUUUCCAAAAUUUUUACACAUAUCAGCAUUUUGCCCACGGCAGUAAUGUUAAAUUCUAAUGCUUGAAUUACAGUAUUUUACACGGGGUAGAUUAGCAUCAGGGUUUUUCCUGGAGAACUGGUUACAAGCCUCUAGUCUGUUUAUAAAAAGCAACUUGAGAAAAACAAGUCUCUCAGUAAAGCAUUUUGUUAAAAUUUGGGUCUGAGAUUCUUUUGAACUCUGGCUAAUACUGAUAAAAAUAUGCCAUCUGUGUCCAUUUUUUAAAAUUUGUCUGAAAAACACUUAUAAUUCUAGGAAUAUAUUUACAUUUUUGGUUUCUAUUCUCACUUCCAUUUUCUAUAAGUUUCACGGGGUUGACACUGACUUUCCUUUCUGGGAGGGUCACGUAUGAGGAGAGUAAAACAUCCUUACUGAUAUAUACUUAAUUCAAUACAGAAAUGCAUUUGCCAAGAAUUAAUGCUCGUCUCAGUGAGUUUGGGAUUUGGUAUUCAGACAGUUUUUCUUUUUAACCUGUCUCCAAGAAGAGUGGGCUUCCGGAGGGAAAGGAGGAAUUUGAGAGAAGGGGCAGUCUGCAAUGAAAACAACUGCAGGGGAGUCCUUAUAAAGUGUAACUCUGAGAAGUUUCAUAGAGGUUUUAGGGAUCAGCAAUUGUAGUUGUUUAAACAAGUAAAAUAUUUACAUUUCCAAGUUUAUCAGGUGUUUAAAAAUCACUGUGGAUAAUGAUAUAGUUUUCCCUUGUCUGAGAGGUAAAGUAAGAGCUGCCGCUGGGCCCCAUGGCAUGGCCAUGACUACACCAGAACUUUUCUAAUGCAUGUCCUUUCAUCCCCUCUGGGAGAGGGGCAUAGCUCAUUCUCUUUGUGACAGACAGUGAUACAUGUUCUCACAUAUUCUUACACAAGCUGCACUACACCCUAAGCAUCUCGGAGGGUUAGAGGUUUUCAUUUUCACACAUCCAGUGUUUUCUCUCUUUCCAAUGUACUUACCUGGUGAGCACAGUAAGGAAGAGAUUUUUUGGUCUGCAGUUCUCUUGUUUAAAUUCAGUCAUCCACUUUCUGUAAUGUCUUGCCUAAAUAAUUAUUCUAUAAUUGAUCUGUACUAGUUUUCUCUUUUUUAGUUGCAAGCACAGCAAACUAACUUUAUCUUACUAAGUUUAAAGAAAAAUAAAUAUGAAAUGGAAAAGUUUUCCUUCGGUAUAGAAAGGAAUGAUAUUUUUUCCUUUCUCUAUAUUCCUUUCCUGGUCCUUGUACAAAAAAUUGUAGACUUAACUUUAGUUAUCCAACAUGCAUGUGGCUUAUUUUGUGGAAAGUUCUGUGAAAGAUGUGUUUGUAUUAAACUCAUGGACGUUUCCUCCUUGAAGUUUUAAAAAAAGUUGCUAAAAAUCUUUGCUGUUUUUUCCUGAUUGUUAUUUAAUUAGCAGCAGUAUCUAACCACACUAAUAAAUAUCUCUAUUUCCAGCCUUUGUUAUAAACAAAAUUAAUGUUCUGCAAGCAAAGAGUUAUAUACUAGAAAGAGGAAGAAACCUUACAACUAAUUCCUUUGUAGUACUUUAAGGUGCUUGUCUUAAUCCUUCCUUACUGUAUGUCUUCAUUAAUUUUUCCAAGAUCCAUCUACUUAGGGCAAGAGAAAAACUUAAUCAUCUAACUCUGAUAGAUAUUUAACCAAUUUACUCAAACAAAAGCUUUACUAAACAACUCACAAAUACAUUCAGUCAACUUGGCACUGAACGUAGCUUCUAAUUCAGUUCUCAACCCCAGGAGGAGAAUGAUGUACCAAGAAUGAGACAGGUAUUGUUAUGCCAUCUUGUGUUCUACACCAGUGUAGAGGUGCUCUUCCUAGACAAACAUAGAAUCAGAGGCCCUUUAAGGAUCUGGAUCUCCUCCGUUAUUUUCCUGACAAGUCACCAUCCCACAUCUUAGACUUGGCCGAUCUGUUGUACUGUUCACAGCAGUCCGUUCUACCACUGGGCAGCUCUUUCUAUGAAAGUUCUUCCUCAUGUUAAACAAAAAUCUGGCUCUACAGCUACAUAAAACUAGUCUAAUGUCUAAAUCUUUGCCUCUAGGUCAGCUGUCUCUAACUCUUUCAACUUUUCCUCACUUACUGACGUAGUUCAAGUCCAAUCAUCCUUCUGCUGCUUCUUUGAACAGCUGGACCCAAAAAUAUUUUCUAAUUUUAUUUCAAUCUACUUGCUGAAACUUAGCAAUCGCUUUGGGUCAGGCUAGGUGAAAACACAUUCUUGGGGCUGAAAGUAAAUGGAAUUGGAAUCACCCAAAGGAAACUGAUGUUCAAUGUAGAAAUUUUCCCCGAGGACUCACAUCCAGAAGGGUGAAAGUUAGAUGAAGACAGAUCUCCUGUGUGUACAAAACAGUCCUCCUACCUUGUGUCCUGUGCUGUUUUUGAUGUUGCCAAAAUCAGUCAUUCUGAAAACAGGAAGCAAGCUAAUACAUAUACCAUCCAUUAGAUUCCCACUUCUUGGUAAAUGUUCUUAAAGUCUCUUCAACCUUUCCCCUUUGUCCCUCUCUUCUCAAGAAUAAGACAUUUCUUGUGCUGUUUCCAUACUGAAUAUGCAAAAAGAGUCAUGCCUGGGCACUUUAUAGGUUCUGUAUAAAUAUUUACUGGCUGAUUGGUUUUGAGAUUCACUUCCAUUUUCCUGUGCUCAAAUGUUUGUACCUAGAGAUCUUGCGCUUUAGACCAAGUGAGCAGCUUCCCUACAUGAUCAAUUAGGAACUAUCCUUAGGAGUCCAUAUUUUCUAUUUUGUUGUUCUAACAUUUUUAUCCUUUACUCAUCACUUCAAUUUAACAAUUGCUGUAAGAGAAUCAGCCUCUAAGUAACCUUGAUUCAGGCCAACUGCAAUAAGAUUAAACAGGCUUAAUCUGUACUCUAUAGAAAGGAAUAUGUCAUUGGGAAGAGGAAUUCUUUCCAGUAGCGUCAGUAAAGGCUUCAUGGAGGAGUGAAAUUUGCUAAGAAAUCUUGAAGUGACUAAUUGAAGUUGAAGGAAAAUAUUUAAGGCACCAAAGACAACAGGAAACACACUAUAUUCAGAGAAGACUCUCUGCUUUAAGUAUCACAGAUCCUGGCAUUUCCUUAACAGGAGAAAAGGCUUCCAGAUAUUCAGAGUCAAUGGGAAGGAAAAGGCAUAGGAAAAGGCUAAUUCAAUUAUUUGCUUUCUCAUCUCUUUAUAACUGGACAAUAAGAUGAGCUUCCAAAAUAUAAUCCAACACAUACAAUAUGAACAAGAAACUUUAUUUAUAACAUACAAAACAUACAUUCUUAUUGACUUAUAGCUACAUACUCUACUCUUGGAAUAAACACACUAGUCUUUUGAACCCCUACAAGAGACCAGCACGGUACUCUUAUUUUCCUAUUACUUCCAGGUCCACAAUUGGAAAGGACUCCACCGUCAUCUAUUCCACUUGGUGUUAAAAUUCUCUUGCAGAUUCAUUGAUAAGUAAAAAAAUCCAGACUCUGCUUAAACAUCACCUGCAUCAAGGAGCUCAUUACUUCUUAACGUCUUCCGUUUUCUCCAUCACACUUUGUUCUAAGCCUCCCCUGACUUUGAAACAGAACCAGCCUUUGAGCCUUAUGUUUUCCUUGGUGCCACACAAAACCAGUCUUUAGAACAUGAUAAAAUGUUGCUUCCUCCCUCCACUUUCCUUCCAAAUACAUUUGUUUCAUUUUUGACAACACAUUUCUUUAAAAGAAAACUUUGAUUUUUAGCUGAAGAUUAUAAAAAUCUUUAAACAUCCUUAAAAAUUGAAGGAUUUUCUGAGGGGCACGUUUUAGAGUUCAUGCGUUUUUUAUAGUUGUUUUUACUUUCUUACUCAAAAGACGAACUGUUCUGACAGUUGCUACAUAGCUUUAUGCCUUCCCCCAGUAACUAACCCAUGAACAGUACACUCCAGUUAUCUGGCUUGCUGAUAAUGACCUUAAAAUGUUGGGAAAUGUCAGUGUGUGAUCUCCCCCGCUAACAAGGGAAAAGUCAAAAGGAAAAGGUAGUGGUUCUGUUGAAACUCAUUCCUUCUGGCCAGUUUUUCAGUGCAAAAGGAAAUCAUUCUUCAGGGAAAGGGUUAUGUUAUGGUUUUAUGUAGAAAUGUGUAGAUCCUUUUAUUAUUGCCCUAGGUUACUAGUUAGUACCAAUACUAUUCCUUGGUCUUUGGGAGGACAAGUCUUGUGGCUUCUUCCACCCCCGCUUUGAAUUAGAGAGCACUCUGCUCAGAACGUGUCAUCAUUCUCCUGGGCAGGACCUGGGAGUAGCUUUCUAAGCUCUAAAAUAAUAAUUCCUAAGAGAGCUUAAAAACUGCUUUCGCACAUAAAACAGCCCUGGGAGGAAGGUUAUUAAUAGCCCUAUCCUAGAAGAGAAAGCUGAGGCCCAGAAUCGUUAAGUGACUUGCCAAAAGCGAUACAGCUGGUAAGUGGCAGAUUUGGGGAUGCACCCAGGUCUUGCAAGUAUAGUGCUCUCUCCAGUGGCCAUUGUCAGGGCACAAAAUACCUCAGAGCACAAUGUCUGCUUCUCACAGAAUAAAGUGCCCCUGUCCAAAGGUAUCCGGGGAAAUUCGCAUAGACCAUUUAGCAAUCAGGUGGCAAAUCCGUGUGUGCACUGCGGUGCAGAGAUCAUUUGGAACCUGCAUGCAUCUUCUGUGUCCUCUUGUGGAAAACUACAAGGUAUUCUGUCUGAUCAGAAUGUGGUGGGGAUGAAGUCGGUGAGGAAAGGCCACCACUAAGAACAAACAACUGUGGCACUGAAGCACACUGCCACGGAUUUCCCCAGAGACACUUGAUUUACUUUACAUUAACUGAAAAAGUCUGGAACUGUGAAGUUCAGAAUAUCAACUGAGAUCAUAUCAUUUAGAAUGCGGUGGAGUGCAAGGUGACUUGAUCUUUAAGACAAGACUCUCUCCUGUGGGCUAUGAUUUAUGCCCCACAGAGGCAGAAACAGCUAUAGGUAAACAAUGCAUAGUAUUUUCUCUCUCUCAGUUCACAUUUAUUGAGGCCCACUAAGUGUAUGUCACUGCCUCAGGCUUUUCCAAACCAACAACCAGUCCAUGACCUUGAAAUGUCUGUGAACAAAUGCUUUGGGACUGAUUGCCAUUCUGGUCUUUGCCAUUGGCUAGACUGGCUUCCUGGGCUGUUGUAGUUUUGUGAUUUGUGUAUGCCUAUUACAGGGAGUAUGCCUAUCACUGUGUUGUUUCCAGGAUACUUGGAAGUCUCGUAUAUUCUAGAAGCUGCUCUACAGGGCAGUUCAACAACUGGGCAUUCUUUCUCUUGAGCUGCAUCCUUCAGGAGGCUGUGCCUUUUGAUGUGUGCUCUUGGGUUUUUAUUUCCCCCAAUUUCUCAUUAUGGUUGUUGGCUUUAAGUUAAAAUCUGUGAACUGAUUGAAAAAUAUUCUUUCUUCAUCUGAGUUCAAUCUACUUCAGGAGACCUUUAAAAUUAUCUCAACUAGUAAGCUUUCUAAGCAUUUUCCCUCCCUAGAGUGUGCCAUCCAUCAAGCCCAUCUCAUCAUCCAUCUGCUUAUUCCCUGGGAUUAAUGAGGGCCAAGUUAAAUAACAAAUAGCCUCCCACCCCUUUCCCAUCUUUACACCUGGGAAACACAAAAAGUGCCAACGGGGCCAGCAGAGUAGUAAUCUUGGCUGAGAUAGCUACUUCAGAGACUGGAAAGGUGCCUUAUCUUCCUGUGAGGUUUGAUAAAUGUUAUGGCUGUUGGAAUAGAAGACAGUUUUGUAGAAUAGAUGGAGUACCACCACCGAGGAAUGGAUUAAUAGAAGCAGCAUUUUGAGAACUUUUCAGAAUUAUUAGGUGAGUACACCUGAGUAAAGACUGACUUGGGUGGAAUCUGUAACAUCUUAUUAGAAGGAAUAAAAGACAGUGAAUAUGAAAAAGAAGCCCUUUCAAAAAAUGGGAGCCACAAACCCUGAUUUAUCUUUACAUAUGUAAAGAAAAUUAUUAGUAAAAAUUUUCCUCCUCCAUUUUACACAAGAUAGUCCCCCAUAUUUAAGGAAAAUACAAUUGUGUUGUCUUUAAAAUACACACCCGUGCACGUGCAUGCACACAUGCUCGCACGUACACACACAAACAUCUUCCAAGAAAGCUGAUCCUUCAAAAAAGAAAUCUUAUUUUAAAACACUUGGGUUUUUUCAGGCCAGGAAACAAAUAAUUCCUAGACCUGACCCAUUUUUGUGGCUGCCAAAGAGGGAAAGAAAAAGCUGUUUAAAUUUCAUAUGGAUCCAUUUAUCUCUUAAAAUAUGCCAAAGCAAUUUGAGGUGGGGGUGGAAACUAAGGUAUUUCUCUCUCCUGCUUACUUCUCUCUUUAUAUUUCUAUCUGUGGGUUUCGAAAAGGGAAAGAACUAUUGUUGAGCCGUUAUUAUUGAUGCAUUGUUUCACCACUUUGUACAGUGCCUGCUGCUUCAUGCUGAGGCACAGGAAUCACAGUUGCUUUCUCAACUCCAUUUCUCCAUCGUGAGGGAGUAAAUAUUGAACCUGAAUGUCUUUCCUCACCAAAUUAUUCAACUUCAUUUCUGAACUAGUUUAAAAAACGUGAAAUGAGGAGAGCUAGCUUUUCGUGGAUAUGUUUCUCCCUUCUUUCUUGGGAGACAAAUGUGAAGGGGAAAAAAAUUCAGUUCCUUUUCAUCUUUCUCUCUCUGGGUAACAGCUUAUGAUCACUUAGUAAUUAAUGAUAAACCAGAAGUAAGAGAAUCGCUCAGCCAGGUUAUGAUGCAUCUGCCAAUGUGUUCCAUUCAUUCAAACACAGACUUUGAGAGGAAAAGGGAUCUCUAUGAUUUAAAUACCAACAGUGGGAAUGGCCUCAUGUUUUAACUUUCAAAUAGUAAAAGACAAGAUGAUAUUUGGACAGUGUCUGCUUUUUACUAAUCUUAUAUACCUCCGGCUUAGUUUUUAAGUAUAUCAACAUAUCAGGGUAAAAUUGCCAAAAAGAGUUAAAGUGCCUUAGACCUCCCUCACUAGCAAAUUGAAAUUGAUAUAGACCAUUCCAGUCUUCUAACUCAACUGAGGUGUAUCUUUGAUGAAAGAGUUAGGGACCUGGAAACUAAAUCUUAAUCACCAAUAUUGUGUCACGAAGUAGUUGCAAAAUCAUUUUUAAAUGACUUUCUUCGUUUUACUACCCAUUAUUCUCUUGGGAAAGCUGAUGAGCAAAUUAUCCAAAAUUAUUUCCUUAUUAAACAAAGUCAGAAUAAUUCUCCCCCUAAAAAUCUGAAUUAUGCCCUCGUUCUUUUUCAGGAAACAUAUCAAAGAUCAAAUAGAAUUGAAGAUGACACUUGAUUAUCUGAUUCUUUAGAAUGAAUAAAAUUAUCAUGUGAUUUAAUGUGCCUUAAGCAAAAAUUUAAACUUAGAUGCAAAACUUUCACAGCUGGCAAUUGCAUGGAACUUUUCCACGUGAUCUAUGCAAUGAAUUACUUUGUUUUUUGUUUUGUCUUUUAAACUUCACCUUUAUCAUUAGUUUAACAAAUUUGGGGGUCUGUCUCUCCACUGGGAAUAUGUGCAAUUAUGAAACGCACCAAAAAAAGGAAGGGAAAGAACUUUGAGUAGCAAAUCGGUCCCAUGAAGUAGACGUGACACGAAGAUGCAGAGGCUGAGGAUAGUAAUUUUCUCAGAGCCGCACACACGAGCUUUCAUUUCAUGGCUUUGUCACAGGCUUUUCUCCUUCUGUGCUGUCACCUUUGAGAAAAACGAUUGCACCUUCUCCAAGUCUGCCUUUUUAGCAGCUACACUUGAGUUGGCAAGACUUCCCCCGUUCUGAAUAUAGCCAUUUGCCGACUCCGGCCUCUUUGCGAGACUGACUCAAAUCUGUGAUCUUCUCUUCAGCAUACACAUCAGCAAAGUGAGAAGAUGAGCACUAAAUAUAGGCUCUAUUAACUUUACUUUUAGAUUUACUGCCUUCAAAAAGUGCCUAUUCUGAGAAACAUAGACGUUAUUCCUACAUAUGUAUGUACACACGGUACCCAGAGUCACACUGUGCAGCCUUCAAAAACAUACCAUCGAAAAGAGUAGGUGCAGAGAUAAAGAAACCUUGCCAAAUGGAAGAAAGUCACUCAUUUCCAAUAUCCCCUCUCGAGUGGCACCGUGAAACGGGCUGCAAACACAUUCCCUGAGCAUUCCUUGCUGAUACAGCCACUUUAUAUUUAUAUCCUACCGGAUGGUGGCAUAUUGCUGAGGUUUCCUGUAUUCUGCUUCAAAGGAAUAUAUGGUUUAUGAAAUUGGAACAUUUAGUCAGGAAAAAGAUUGUCUAAGAGGAUUAAUAGAGCCAGAGUCUGUAUUAGGAUAUAUGUCAUAUGUAUGUUUUAUAAACUGAGCAUUGGUGGGUUUCGAAUGUCAGCACAUUUCUUCUCCUUUUAUCUCUCAAGCUAACAUCAGUGAACACUGAAGAGAAGUCUUGGCUAUGACGAUUGGUGCCUCAGGGGGCCAAAUGUCCUGGGCAGAUCCUUAGAGCAUCUUUUGUUUGACUUCUAAAAAGGGGCACAUGUUAUUUAAUGGCUUUUGUUAUCAUAGUUCUGUCACUGACAUUGUAACUAUAGAUACUGUUGAUGGAGCAGCAGCACAGCCUAGAAAGAGGGAUUCUUACUGAAGUGUGGCAAUAGGAGAGGGUCCAUGUAGAAAGGACAAGGUAGACAGUGCAUGAUUUUAGGAAAAGGGUUGAAGGGAGGACGUGCUUCCAAAAAAGAUCUUUCUCAAUGUGUCGUCUGACUCAACCAGCUGGCAAAUUACACUUGCCAAUUCGUUCUCUUUCCUUCUAAGUCAGUUGGCUCCAUAUUCACUUGAAUAAUGCCUCUGCUUUGGGAAAGCAAGAUACCUCCAGUUAUCCUUUCUCCAAAGAAGCUCUUGAUGUCCCCUUGGUCACAAAGUUGUCUCCUACCCCAGCCAGUUUCACCAAAUGGAAGUACAGGGGCAUAAUCUAUAGAAGAUACCAGUGCAGUCAGCCACCACUGUGCCUUCCAUAUAAAGAGCCCAACUACAUAAACUAGGGAUGAGGUGGAACAGAUUACUAUUUCAUAAUUCCAAGAGUGUUGACCACGCGACGUUAGUUGUCAUCAUUUUAUGAGACCAGUUGGCUCCUUGGAGAAAGAGUGAUACUCUUCACCAAAAUUAUCUACUCUUCCUACUGAUGUUCUUUUCCUGGCUUUACCGUCUUCAAUUUCAACACUAGUCACUUUCUGUUAUUUAGACAAUCAGAUUUUAAUGCUGGAUAAGAGUUCAAAAAUCUCUGUGCAAUGUCAGAAGGCACAUUGGGGUACAGAGGAUUUCCUCCUUGGAAACCAGAUGGACUGGGGAAGAGAUAACAUGGCUUUGCUCCAGGUUUCAAUCUGAUGAUCGUGACUAUGAGAGAGAGUUUUAUAUAAAUAUUAAAUAGUAUUUAUAGGUGAAUAGAUCAAGGAGAAGGGACAGGGAAGAGCCAGGUUUUUCUAUGCUGAAUGUGCCUACUUAGAGCAAGAACUUCCCACCAAGUACAGUCAUAGCCCCGCCACGAUCAGCUGCUAGUCUGAAUAACCUUCCCUGAUUUAGGGAAAGCCACACAAAAUCAUAGCAGGAAUAUGCCCUUUUUCACACAUGUCAUCCUGACAGAUCCAGGAUAUUCAUAAAAAUAAAGGUUUCCCUUUGUUAUUUGAUUCUUAGCAAAUUGCAUUUCUCCACUACAUCAUGAACCAUCACUGACAUAUUCCCAAAUAGGCCACGUGGCUCCUUAUGAAAAUAAGAGAAUAAAACCUGUUAUAAGCAAGUGAUUUGGAUAUUUUCUUUUGUAUUUAUGCAUUAUCCAACUAUAUUAAAACAUGUUUCUAUUUACCUUCUAUCAAUUUUUUCUAUCAAUUAUGUUUUUCCAAUAAAUAUGAAAAUCAUAUUCUUUUCUGUAAAAGAACUGCAACUACUUUAUUAUAUUUAGAAAUCCAAUAAACUUAGUACCUUUACUUGCC